UGGGGCGAGCUACGGGUGGCGGGAUGGGUCAGCCGGCGGAAGAGGCGGGCGAGGCCGAGGAGCUGGAGUGCGGCAUCUGCUGCAUGCCUUACGACUGCUGCGGGCGGGCGCCGCGCCGGCUCGGGAGCGCGCACGGCUCCUGGAAGCCCUCGCAGUGCCGCCACGUGCUCUGCAGCGCCUGCGCCUACCGGCUGGCGCGCGAGGGCGGCUGGGAGGAGGUCACGUGCCCUUACUGCCGCACCGUCACCUCCCUCCGCGAGCGGGGCAACUUCCUGGUGGCGGGGGUGAGGCGCAGCAGCGGGUACGGCCGGCGCCGCCUCGUCCUCCCGCCCAUCGACACCGAGCUCUGGCAGCGCGUCCUCCUGGCCGAGCGGGAACGCCAGAAGGCCGAGCGGCCGGCCGACGAAGCUCCCGGCGAGGAGCCGGACGACGAGGCCGGGCAAUGGCGGCUCUGGAGGGCCCUCAAGAGGCUCCUGAAGGGAGGCGCCGGCCGCACCGCGCAUGCGCCCCGGAGAAGCCACUCCGCCCCCCCUCGGCGCAGCGAGCCAAUCAACCCCUACACAUCGGAUAUAAAGGACUUGGCACUCAUGUCCUGCUAUGUCAUCUGAGGACUAGAUGGUUCCGAUGCAAUUCCUGAACUUCUGCGGCUGAAGAACAAAGCAGGCUGAUAACACGUGAGCUUUGGCACAGCCAGCAUUUUGUGACAAGCUCGGAGCUGAGUGCCGGUUCCCCAGAGGAUGCAGGUGGCUGUCUGGUCAGCAUCCAGUAGAGUUUUUUUGCUUACUCUUGAAAUUUCUCGUCGUUAGCCGAUGGAGGCUGGUGGACUUGCGUGACUGAAAGAGAAUUAUGGACUCUGACUCGUGAUGUGGGCCACUGCUUCUUCCAUGUGGAAUGUCCCAGAAGAAAGAAGAGGUGGCGGAAAGAGGGAAACAGACUUGAUAGGACAUGUUAGGCCCUGCGAAAACCAGCAUGGCAUCCGUGGUGGGCUACAUCAGCAGAAUUGCAAUUGUUCUUGCCUUCUAAUAUAUCUGACGUGCUUUUUGGCACGGUUCUGAAGCAGCAAACCUCCCCCACAAUUUAGUCUGUCUCUCUAAAAUGCCCUGCCACACACACACCCUGGCAGAUUUCAAGAGACAGAUACGGAUUGAGACCAUAUGGCUAAGACGUGGCUCAUAAGAGCAACUCAAAGGGCAUUCAGUUUGUCUACUGUGGACUCACAGUUUUUAUAAAAUGUGGGUGUUUGGAGGAGCUGGAAACAGGCCUUAUUAGAGUCUCUGGUAUUUGCCUUUUGUGUUUUAGGUUCAACAUUCUAUUUUUCCAUCCUUGAGAGAAGGUGAAGUGUUCAUCAUUGUUAUACCUUCAGUUAGGGUGACCUUUUAUGGAGGGAGAGAAGCCAGGCCUCUGCUCGGAUGAGCUUAGAAUCUAACAUUUGUCCUAAGGGAGAGGAAGAGAGGGGCUACUAGUUGUGCCAAAGCCUUUGUGGAAAGUGGGGUAUGGAGAGAGGCUUGAAGGCCGUGAGGGUGGACAGGAGGUAGUUCUGGGCACGUGGGGCAGAGUCGUUGGAGGGAGCAGAGUGCCACCCCAAGGCUGGAGGUGCAAAAUCCCCAGGUGGGCAUGUGAGCACACAAGUGGGGCAAGGCCGGGGGGCUUUGGGUAAGGGGUUUGUGCUGGAUCGGAGCGUGUGAGGGCUGAAGGAGAGCAGUGAAUGGCUGUGAUGGCCCUGUGCUGGAUAGAAGCUAGAGCAGCCAGACAGCAAUCGAGUUCUUGCUGAGAGAUUGUGGUUUCUGCAGUGGUGUCAAGGAAGCAGCCGCCUGGCUGGAGAAUGGGGGACAGAGUAGAGUUGGAGAGGAGAAGACCAGGGCUUCAUGCCUCUCCGGAGGGUGGAAGGAGAUGCUGGUGAUGGAGAGCAUAAGGGAGAGGAAGAAUAAUGAGAAGUUCAGGCUUGGAGAUAUUGAGUUUAAGAGAUUCCAGAGGAAACCUCAACGAGGCAACUGGAAACGUGCAAAUCUGUGGCUUAGAAAAUCUUUAGUGGCUUCUUUGGUGCAGUAUCCUGUUCACAGUGGAUUGGGCCAUUUUGGUCAUAACGUCCAUUUUUUGAGGGGUGAAACGCUGACCCGUGAAUCGGCAGUAAAACGCUAGUCUGGCCAGAAGUGAAUCGGCAGUAAAACGCUAGUCUGGCCAGAAGUGACCGUGGGUAACAAGCCAGCUCUGAAAUCAAAUCCUGAAUGCCCGUACUGGCUUUGUCUGUACUUUCUCCUACCAGACGCCACAUUCAUUAUAAGCUACAGGGUGGAUUCUGCAACAUUCAUCUGCUAAAAUGUCAUUUGGGAAUAAAAUAUGUGUAGAGAAGACACUCUGUUUCCUAGAUGCAGUAUUCUUUCAUGGAAGGUUGUUAUAAAUGCUCCUAUUUUUUUUAAAAGAAGCAUUUCUGUGAAAUGUGUCUUAAUUUGAUAUUUAUUGUUUUAGGCUUUU